AUGGCCGUGGAAUAUUUCCAGGAAAAACUAAACAAAUGGCGGUAUUCGCCGGUGGCAGGCUCACCGGACGAGGAGGGGGGAAAUGCCACUGUCAAGCCCAAAGCUAGCUUUGUGCCAGUAUAUGCAGGACUUACCAUCAUAAGUCUCAUUACAGUGACCGUCUCUCUUGUCCACCUCCUCUCUGGAACAGGAACAACGACAACAUUCCCCCCCUGCAAGAAUCCUGCCGUCCGUCGUGAAUGGAGAUCUCUUACCAGUAGCGAAAAGCAAAACUUCACACAGGCAGUCAUCUGUCUGGCAAGUAUUCCGUCGACGUGGCAGCCGAAUGGAACGAUAUAUGACGACUUUGCGAUUUUGCAUGGGGGGAUUGGAUCGUGGUGCCAUCGUUCGGCCUCCUUUCUACCCUGGCAUCGAUACACGCUAGUCGUGUUUGAGAAGGCCCUCCGAGAGCACUGCGGCUUCACCGGCCAGGUUCCAUACUGGGACUGGACACUGGACUGGAUGAAUCUAGCCAACUCCUCUAUCUUCAACAGCGUGGACGGAUUCGGCGGCGACGGAGACCGCACCGGACAGGAGGUCGUAGGUGGUGGACGGUGCGUGAUCGAUGGCCCCUUUGCUGGGCUGCAACCCAUAUUAUAUAACCAUACCUAUGUGCGACAUUGCAUUGCGCGCGGCUUUCGCGACGGUGACCAAGCCGGUCGUAUAUCAGGGGAGUACUACCGGCCCGAGUCGAUUGGUGGUAUCCUCCGCAAACAAUCGUAUGUGGAACUGGUGAGGGAGGUCGAGAUUUAUUUGCAUAAUCCGCUGCAUCAGGGCGUGAAUGGGGACUUUUUGGCCAUGACGGCUGCUAAUGAUCCCCUUUUCUAUGUCCACCAUGCACAACUGGACCGACUUUGGUGGCGUUGGCAGCAGGAAAGCCCGGACCUCAGACUCAAGGAAUAUCACGGAAAGCACAUGUACAACUCGACCGGGAACGCGACGCUGGAUGACAUACUCAUGUAUGGUGGGUUUGCGGAGGAUAUCCCGGUAUCUCGCGUGAUGGACACCAAAGGGGGGUUUUUAUGUUAUACGUAUUAG